AUGGAUCCCGUUCACCGCACCUCUUCUCCCUACAUUGAUCCGACCGUCAAAGGCCCUCAAUCCAAGAUCCUCUCCCGCAAUCAUCCCAACAUCCAGGAAAAAAUGGUCACCACUACCGUCAACAAGACAAACCUCCACCCCAGCGGUGUCGCUCCUCAUCCGGAGCCGCACACUGAAAUCGAGGAGCAACUCCAUGAGCAGGCUCACAUUGACUACAACCGUGUUGCCAUUAUUUCCCACCCUUCAGUCCCCGCCCUCUACGAAGACGCUCUGGUCUACGAGCCGGGUUCCGGUAUCUCGGCUACCGGUGCCCUGACUGCCUACUCUGGCAAGAAGACCGGCCGCUCUCCCUCAGACAAGCGCAUUGUCAAGGAGCCGUCAUCAGAAAAGGACAUCUGGUGGGGCCCUGUCAACAAGCCUAUGACCCCUGAUCUAUCUGCUCCUGUGUUUUUACUUUUGUGCUUCUUUGUUCUGUGA